CGCGCGCUGUCCCCCUGCGUCGAUGUAAAGAUAAUGUCAGACAUCAAAUAUGAAUCAUGCGUCUGAUAUUUCUGGCAAAUUUGGUCGCGAGCGUCCUCUCACCGUGGCUUCAUCCAUCGGUAGCGUCAUCUGUGUCUCAAGGAGUAGAGAACGAGGUUGAGAGGGACGCAGUGCCAGCACUGCCGGAGCAACAGGCGACUGCAGCACCUGCCACGGGCAACGCAACCCACCAUGCAGUGGAGCAGGAGAUCGCCUACCCCUCUCGGCUGAUCUACUACCUGAACGAGGACUCCGAGAGCACCUACCAUGACCUGGACACGCGGGCUAAAAACCAGGCCACGGAGGGCAAGGCGGUCCACCUCGCUCAAGCCAGUUUUCAGUUAGAGGCAUUUGGCUCCAGAUUUGUUCUGGACCUAACAUUAAACAAUGACCUGUUAUCCUCCGAUUAUGUCGAAAUCCACUACGAAGGGGGGAAACCAGUUCUAUCUAAGGGCGGGGAGCACUGCUACUACCAUGGCCAGGUGAGGGGGAACGAUGAGUCCCGCGUGGCCAUGUCUACCUGCAACGGGCUGCAUGGAAUGUUUGACGAUGGAGUCCACGUAUACCAGAUCGAGCCCUUACAGCAGACUCACUCCAUUGAUACAGCUGCAAGGCCGCACACGCUUCGCAGAACACCCAGCCCUCAGUGGAAGUACGAGCCGGAGGAGCAGGCAGAGGAGGAAACGCUGUUUGCAGAACUAGACGACUUGUCCUGGCUGAAGAGUCGGAAAAAGCGAGCUAUGCCUCGCAAUAUAUUCGAGGAGAUGAAGUAUUUGGAAAUUAUGAUUGUCAGUGACCACAGCAUGUACAAACGAUACAAGACCAAGCAGUACACGAAGAAUUUCGCAAAGUCAGUGGUCAACCUCGUGGAUGCUAUCUUCAAAGAGCAUCUGCACACGCGUGUGGUGCUUGUUGCUGUGGAGAUCUGGACAGACAAGGAUCAGAUCCCCAUCAGUGUGAAGCCGCUGGAGAUGCUGCGAGAUUUCUCCAAGUACCGACAGCAGAGCAUCAAGCAACACGCAGACACCGUGCACCUCUUCUCCAAUGUGACCUUCCACUACCGCAAGAGCAGCGCCGCGUACUUCGGGGGGAUGUGCUCCGUGAGCCGGGGGGUCGGGGUCAACGAGUACGGCACCACCUGGUCCAUGGCGGUGUCUCUGUCCCAGAGCCUGGCGCAGAACCUGGGCAUCCAGUGGGACCCGGCGUCCAGGAGAAAGGAGUGCGGUUGCGCGGAUUCUUGGUUUGGUUGCAUAAUGGAGGACACUGGAGUGCAACACCCUCGGAAGUUCUCCAAGUGCAGCAUCUCCGACUACAAGGAGUUCCUCUUGAAAGGCGGAGGGUCGUGUCUGUUCAAAAGGCCAAACAAGCUGUUUGAGGCAACAGAGUGUGGGAAUGGGUAUGUGGAGGUGGGAGAGGAGUGCGACUGCGGUGCGAGAGCGGAGUGCUAUAAGGAAUGCUGUAAGAAGUGCUCCCUGGCCAAUGGUGCACACUGCAGUGACGGCCCAUGUUGCAAUAAUACCUGUCUGUUUUAUCCACGGGGGUACAGCUGCCGCUACGCUGUAAAUGACUGUGACAUCUCAGAGACCUGCUCUGGAGACUCUGGACAGUGCCCUCCCAACCUCCACAAACAAGAUGGCUACCCCUGCCAUCUAAACCAGGGACGCUGCUACAACGGAGAGUGCAAGACCAGAGAAAACCAGUGCAAAUACAUCUGGGGGCCAAAAGCAGGCGGCUCGGAGAAGCUCUGCUACGAGAAGUUAAACACAGAGGGGACGGAGAAGGGCAACUGUGGAAAGGAUGGCGAGAAAUGGGUCCAGUGUAGCAAACACGAUGUGUUCUGUGGGUACCUGUUGUGUGCCAACAUCGGGCGAAACCCACGCAUCGGGAUAAUGAAGGGCGAGGCCACCCACACCUCUUUCAACCAUCAGAACAGGGUGAUAGACUGCAGCGGUGGCCAUGUCCUCUUGGACGAUGAGACUGACUUAGGCUAUGUGGAGGAUGGGACUCCCUGCGGGCCAUCGAUGAUGUGCCUUGACCACAAGUGUCUGCCCAUCCAGUCGCUCAACAUGAGCAUCUGCCCCAGCGGACCCAAUGGACAGGUGUGCUCUGCCCAUGGGGUGUGUAACAAUGAAGCCACAUGCACCUGUGACACCACCUGGGCGGGAACAGACUGUAGCAUGCCUGACCCGCCCAAGGAGCCCGAGGCCCGUGAGGACGAAGGACCCAAGGGUCCUAGUGCCACCAAUCUAAUAAUAGGCUCCAUCGCCGGAGCCAUCCUUGUGGCUGCCAUAGUGCUGGGGGGGACUGGAUGGGGCUUUAAAAAUGUGAAGAAGCGACGGUACGACCCCAACGCCUCCGCCAUCUAACCCGGGGAGAGACGCGGCGACCAGAGAGGGACUCCUCUUCCUCCUCCUCCUCCUCCUCCUCCUCCAAGGCUUCCUUUAGUUGGCUACUUGACAGCUGGACUGCACUUAACUGCUGCUGAUCUCUUGGCAUUAGAUUUACUUGAACAAAAAAAAAAGACAUAGUGGACGUUUUAACAACAAAAAGAAAAAUCCAUUGUAGUGGCAUAGAAACGCAGCCUCUU